AUGGCCCCUCAGGCCAGGUUGGCCAUCUACAAAGCCUGUUGGGAAGAUGGUUGCUAUGACACGGGCACCGUUGCUGCCAUGGAACAAACCAUUGUUGCCAUGGAACAAACCUUUGCCGACAGCAUCGAAAUCAUUUCUAUCUCAAUUGGCUCACCAGAAACGCCAUUUACCGACGAUAACAGAGCUAUUGCAGCAUUUAGGGCCAUCGAAAAGGGUGUUUUUUUCUCUGCCUUGGUAGGAAACGAUGAGCCUUAUCCGUCUAGUCUUGGUAACGUUGCACCCUACAUUACUACUGUGGGUGCAAGCAACAUCAAUAGAGAUUUCCCUGCAUCUGUUGUUUUGGGUAACCAAGAGAUGUACAGAGGCACUUCCACGUACAGUCGACUAGAUGAUACAACCUUGCAAUGGUCUUUGCCAUUGGUCUACGUAUCCACCAACACCAGCACAAGCUAUUGUGUCCCUGGCAGCCUUGAUCCCAAGUUGGUUAAGGACAAAAUCAUGGUUGGUGAUCAGAUAAUGUCCUAUAAAGAAGUGGCUAGAGAAGGGGGUGCAGGAAAGAUUGGUGCAAAUGAUGAGCGUUAUGGGUCAGAGCAGUGCAUUACAAAUCCAAAUAUUCUAUCGGCUAUUAGCGUGAGUUUGACGACUAGAGAAAAAAUCAAAGAUUACAUCAAACGCACUGGGAAUAAUGCAACCGCUACCAUGAAUCUCAAAGGAUUAAUGGUUGUGCGAAAGGAAACAACUGCUCCCAUUGUGGCUUCCUUUUCUUCGAGGGGGCCUAGUGAAGCGUAUCGGCAAAUUCUCAGGCUAGAUAUGAUUUCACCGGGUUUGAACAUAUUGGAAGCAUACGCCGGAGAGUUUCCCUACAACAUCCUUUCUGGAACUUCCAUGUCGUGCCCUCACGUCAGCGGCAUAGCAACACUAAUAAAAGCCAUACACCCUACAUGGAGCCCUGCUGCUAUCAAGUCUGUGCUCAUGACGUCACCCUACGUGACUAAUAAUGCAGAUCAGCCCAUCAAGGAUUCAAAUACAAUUAAAUAA